CGUUUGUUCGGGUCGGACAAACAGGUUUAUUUAUACCGCCAAUUGCUGAGUGUGUGCUAUAUUAUUAAAUUGUAAAUCCUAAAAAGUGAGUGAAGAUCAUGGAAAAGACCAAACCAAAAUAUGUAAGAAGAUAUAGAAAGGAGUGGGAACAGGACCCAACAUUUAAAGCUCUGAAUGAGUUACCACUUGGACCAGCCGUUUAAACAUCAAGUAGAUAUAUGAAUAUUUCAAAAGGAGGGUGGCUGACAGUUUGCAUCGGUGACGAUACAAAAGCGUGGUGCAAGGCCUGUAAGUGCACAUUGAUGUCUCAUAAAAAGGAUUUAGUAGAACAUUCCAAAACUAAAAAACAUGACCAAUGUUUAAAACGGUCUAAUAUAGUUGGUCAGUCAAGUAAAAUGUCAAAUUUUUUUGAAAAGCCCUUGAAAGAGCCAAGAAAAAGAGCAGAAUUAAAAAUUGCUGCAUAUGUUGCUGAACAUUCAAGUAUUAAAUCUGUGGAUCAUCUAGGUAUAGUGAUUAAAGAUUUAGAUCCAGCUGCUCCAGUUUUGAAAGAUUUGAAGUUACACGGGUCAAAAUGCACUGCUUUAAUUAGAAAUGUUAUUUCUCCUUGUUUCUUGGAAGAAUUAUUGGAAGAAGUUGGAGACAAUCAUUACUCAAUGAUCAUUGAUGAAACAACUACUAUUGACACGAAAAAAGUAAUGUGUGUGAUUAUAAGAUUUUUCAGUGAAAAACAGAAUAAAAUUAUUACUCAGUUUUACAGAUUGAUUGAAAUAGAAUCUGCAGAUGCAACUUCAUUAACUGAUAAGUUUAAAGCGCAACUGACUGCUGAUGGCCUAAACACAGGAAAACUUUUGGGUAUAGGAGUCGAUGGUGCUAAUGUCAUGGUUGGUGAACAUCACUCGUUUUCCUCUAUUUUGAAAGAAGGAAACCCUGAUCUGAUAACUAUUAAGUGCGUUUGUCAUUCAUUACAUUUGGCGGCUGAAAAUGCAUUCAAAACGCUCCCCCGGUUUCUUGAUUUUCUCAUUAAAGAAUGCCAUAACUGGUUUUCAAACAGUACGAAAAGACAGACUGAAUACAAGCAAAUAUAUGAAUUACUGUACGAUGGAAAAACACCAUUAAAAAUAAACAAACUAGCUGGCACUAGAUGGUUAUCUAGAUAUGAGGCACUACAAAUAAAAUAAUUUUCCAACAGUGGGGGAUUUUUCUUAAAAUAUCCUAAUUUUGGGGGGAUUUUGAAAAAGGUUUGGGGAGAAUUUAUAAUAUUCAUCUGGCAACACUGUACAAUACGAAAGUUUCAAGCAAAAGACCAGCAAGCACAAAAAUGCUUCACAACGAUGAGAUGACAAAGAAGAGCUCCCAUUAAUACAUCUACAGCGGGAAUUGCAUAAUAAUAUAUCUCACAUGUAUCGGCCGGUUUAACCUGAUCUUUGACACAUGACACUUGCCGCGCUCUCUAUGGUUCGAGACGCAGACGCGACGCACAGAUCGCGGACACUAUAGGGAGCACGAUGGGGAGGUAUUUGGGGAGUUUAUAACAUCAAAGUGCGACCUUGACGCCGAAAUCAAUAGCAGAAUUGUUGCUGCAGCCGCUGCUUUUGGCAAACUCGACAAGAAGGUCUUGAGCUCCCAUGACAUAAAGCUGUCGACAAAGGUCUCUGUGUAUAUGGCAGUUGUGUUGCCUUGUAUACUUUACUCCGCGGAAACAUGGACGCCGUACCGACGCCACAUCAAGCAACUAGACCGCUUCUACCUCAAAUGUCUGCUCAAAAUAUUAAAUAUCCCUUGGUAUGAUCGUGUGGCUACCACAGAAGUUUUAAGAAGACUCAAUGUAGGUGGCAUUGAAGAAUACCUCAUGAGGAGACAAGUUCGUUGGUGCGGACAUGUACUGCGCUUGCUGAAUACUAGAAUGCGCCACAUGAAAAGCUAUUCCACAGACCCGUCUCAGUGGGAGAAUCUAAUAAAAAAUUUUUUUCUUCAGGUUAAAUUUUUCCCACGCCACAAACGUAUUCGAGUCAUGGAAAAGAUAU